CAAUGCAGCGGGGCCGGGCGCGGGCUGCUCAGAGCCGCGCAGCAUCCCCGGACAAAGGCAUCCGUGCGAGCCGGCGCAGGCAGCAUGCGGCGAGCGGGGCUGGCGCUGCUCCUGCUCCUGCUCCUGGCCCGCCUGGGCUGCGGGGGAGAGGCAUCGACCUCAGCCACAGUUACCACCACCAGCACCAGUCUUGGCACGGAAAGCACCUCCGCUACCACAAAAAGCUCCUCCUCUACCGCUGCCCCAACAAGCUCCCACCCUGUCCUGGGAAGUUCCUCCAGUGCCACCAAAACCUCCCUUGGCUCAGAAAGCUCCACCCCCAGCCCGAAAAGUGUCACUCCUGCCCCAACAAUCUCCACCUCAAGCUCAAAAAGCUCCACCUCUGACCCCAAAAGCACCUCCCUUAGCACACAAAGCCCCUCCCCUACUUCAGUGGGUACCUCCCAUGACACAAAAAAGUCCUCCCCUGGCACAGACAGCUCCACCAAUGCCACAACAGUCCCCUCCACUACCCAGAAAAGCUCCUCCCUUGACCCGGGAAGUACCAGCCCUGGUGCGGGAAGCUCCACUCCUACCACGGGAGGGCCCCCCCACAGCACGAAGAGCUCCUCCCCGGACCCGAAAACUACACCUGUUAGUACAGAAAGUGCCCCCCAUAACACGACGAGCUCCUCUCGUGUCACAGAAAUCCCCUCCCCUAGCCCUGGCAACUCCUCUGGUGGGAAAGUCACACCAAGCCCUGUUGUGGACGUAGCCCCCACAUCAGCUCCUAGGGCAGCUAAGCCCACCGUGCCUGGGGUGACUCCGGCAGCUGGCACCCAUCCGGAUAAGGACCCUGUGACGCAUCCAACUCUGAAUACUACACUGUUGGAAACCACUGCAGCAGGUGGCAGUAAAGAUGGAAGCAAAGAGCUUAAAGAGGCUGAGACAACCAGAGGAGCAUCGGCAGCCACGGUUGGCACACCUGGGGGAGACAAAAAGGAUGUGACCACGAAGAAGGCUGAUCCUCCCUUACUGAAAACCGACUCAGCCUUGGGGGCUGCCACGUCUACUCCAGCUAACACCAAGCGUGUGUCUGAGCCCAAUUCUACAUCCAAGCCUGGUGACUCCCAACCCAAACAGCAGAUCACUUGCAAGGAGCAGAUACCGUCCAUCAAAACCGGAAAGGAAGCACCAAAGCUUGUAACCUUGAAUGCAACGGGAAUCUGUGGCGGGGUGGCACAAACCAAGCAGAGCGAGGAGCUGUACGACAUAAUCUGCAAAGCACUGAAGCCCACGUUCAACCGGAGCCGAGACCAGUGCACCGUGAGCCUGGCCCCCGUCCAGGGCUCCCCUAACCUCUAUGCUUUGGUGGAUGCUUCUGUGCUGAUAAAACCGAGACAGGAGGAGCUUUUUGAACUGCUGAAGGAGAAGAAGGAUGAAUUUAAGAAGGCCGGGAUCAACAACGUCACAUUGGCCGACAAGCAGCUCGGGGACGACGAGCCAACUGACCGGGUCAGCACGCCUCUGAUCACACACCAACGCAGGUCCCGCAGGAAGGACCAGACCAUCUCCUCUGCUGUCCCGGGGUUUGAAGGCCGACACGUAGCUGUGCUCUUUACUCAGCGCCUGACAGAAGAGCUGCAGACCAUGGAGAACGGCUAUCAUGACAACCCGACGCUGGAGGUGAUGGAGACUUCCUCUGAGAUGCAGGAGAAGAAGAUCAACCUGAACGGUGAGCUGGGCGACAGCUGGAUUGUCCCCAUGGACAACCUCACGAAAGAGGAGCUGGAGGAGGAAGAGGACACGCAUCUAUAAAUGAAGCCGGAGACCGCUAAGCAAAAACAAGGAAAACCCGAAACAAAAAAACCAAACUGACUACAGCCACAAGUGCCGUCACCCUAUCGGACAAGGAGGGACACGUGCCUGCCAGCUUUGCCGAGGAAAGAAGCCACGCUUGGAGUUUGCUGUGGCCUAAACAUCGCUAAAUCCAAACAUAUUCACUGUCCAGACUAUAGAGUGUAUUUUGUUUAUAUAUAAAUAAAUAUAUAUAUUCCUCUAUUUGCCUUGACUAGAGGAGACGAGAUGGUUUCAGAGAUGAAAGGCUUUCCCAACCAUUGAUGAUGGUAUCGAACUCAGCGUGGUUUGCAGAACUUGGAAUCUGCUUUCUCCAGAUCGGGGCUUCUUCUGUCCGGCUGGGACCUGGCAUGUGGCGUGUAACCACUGCCCGAGUUGAAGAACCCUUCACGGGCACCCAAAAGCCUGCGGCAACGACCGGGAACUAAAAUAGCAUUGAACGAAGAGGCUCUGAACGGGAGCGGUAGCAGCGGCACUAUCGAUGGCAGUGCUGGGCAGCGUGGUGGCAUACUCCAAGAGCUCCACCCUCCCCUGUGCAUCUCUGUUGCCAAUGCAGCUUAUGGUUUAUUUUUCCUUUUCCUCUAUCACGUGGUAAUAUUAAAGACAGUUAUUAAGCUUCACAGGAGAUAAAGAGAAAAAGAGUAACGCCCUGCCAUCACACCCAGCCACGUGAUUAACUGGCCAUUUCCAGAUUCUUGCUGGAAGUGCUGGGUAUUAAACACAACAGCAUCCCCCCAUCAACAGUCGCUCCUGGGUCUUCGGUGCUCGUAUCCUACGGGGGCUUUCCCAGCCUGUAUUGUGAACAGCAUUGACCAGGUCCCAGGCCAAAACUGCCCCUAGUUUGCUUUUACCAGCCUAGGAAGCCAUUUCGGUUCCUCAAGUCCAAUGGUUUUCAAACACAUAUCUUAACUGUACUCGCCGCAUUGAAGGGUCUGGGGGUCUCUUCCGACCUGGUGCAUGAGGCUGUGAUGCUUCAAUGCACCUGACUUCCAAAAGAUACCAUCCAAAGCCAGCAAAGGAGAUGCCAGCACUGUCCCUGCAAUUCAAGGGAACCAGCCCAUCUUUCCCAGCUAGCAUGCCAGGAGCUAAAGGACAAGUUCAGAGGAAGCCCCUGGAAGCUCCGUACCGUUGUCUGCAUUUGAAGCAGCACUAAAAUCCCCUUGUUCCAGGAUUCUUGCACCCAAAGGCUCAAAACAGACCCUCAAAAUUUCUCACCUAUUCAAAAAAGGAAUCGACCAGCAAUCCAAGAGGGAAUUGGUCUCUUAAUCAUCCAGUAGGCAGCAGGACUCAGGGAACGCAGAUCCAGUAGACCGCAAGAAAGCAAAGCAAUUUCAAGGCCACUGUGCAACCAAUUCUAGUACUGGGGGGAAAAACCCAGAAAGUUAUUGCCAUUCCCUCCAAACAACAGUGUGCUCCUCACAGCUCUGAAGACCCCUACCCAAGAAGGGUCUACCUUCUCCAUGUCCUAGCCCCUACCAUCACACCUGGCCUUGUUAGGGGAGCAUUAGCAAGGCCAGCAACUCCAGGCACUAUUCUAGGCACAGCAAACCUGCAACAGGCAUUUCAGCAAGAGCUAGAACGUGCAUCUGUCCCAUGUUAUGUUAUUUAGUUAUCACCUCUUCGCUGCACUUCACUAUGUUUUUCCUUCAAGGACAUUUCUGUUCAACUCCUGGGUAUCAAGCAAUAGGGAAAAGGCCUUUGAGGUUGUUCAACACCAAAACGGACUGCCGAGGUGCAUGGGGCAGUGCUUCCAGGGCCCACCGCAGUGGGGAGCCUACCAUCGGCAACCAAAAUCGGGGCUGGACCGAGUGCCGUGAGCUUCCUGCUCCUACCUCCAGCAGCCACUGAAUGAUCUGUUAUAAAGUGGAAACCACAAACAGUGAAGAAAACCCAGCAACUGGGAUAAGCCACAGCCAGCUUCCUCCUGGGGGAGCACGCCCGUGUCGUACCUGGGUCUGGGCAGCGCUGGCCUGUUUCAAGCUGUUCGUACAUCCUGUUGAAAUCAGCAGGCCCGUCUUUCCAGGACAGUUGCACGUGUGGGAUUGCUCUUUUCCGAACAGAGUCUACUUUAUUUCUAGAGAUUCAUAUGCCUUGCUCCUCACCCUGGUCCCAGACCAGCUUCCAGCACAGCAAGCCCAGCAUCCAUCACAUUCAUCUCAUCCUCUGCCCGGGUGUUGGAAGAAGGGAUUUAUUAGGGACAUUUUGGUUCGGUUUCUUUAUGAUCAGCAGAAGCUGCACAAGAUUAAAUGCAAAUGCAAAGGAGAGCCCUGCAGAUUGUUCACAGUCAGACCGUCCUGUUGCUUCAGCGAUCUCGCGCACGAACACCAGCCCCUCUUGGGUGUUUCCUCUCCCGAAGCCUACUGCUCUCCAAGGAGGCCGUUGAGAUGCAUCUCAAGAGACUUCUGCAUCCCCAGCAAAUCUUCACCAUCCCUUCUCCUCUCCAAAAGGUUUCCUGGUCCGAGCAUGGUCCAAAGGUUUAGCCCAAAAGGAGCCUGGGCUACAGGCACAUCACAGAUUCCACCUAGCCUACAUUGGAAAGAUUGUCACAGUAUCACAUAGGGCAUCUUUCACCUUCUGAGUUUGUUGGAGACCUGGGCUGGAUGGGCAGCUGGGAGCUGGGUUGGGCAGGUAGUCCGGAGCAUGAAAGCAGCACAGUGAAGACAACCAGACACGCAUGCAGUCUGGGGAGCCAACAGCUCCCAGCAGAUGAUGGUCGUUUGGACUCACUAGCCCAGACCUCUGGAUCCAGCCAAGCUGUUACAGAUGAGGGCAGCCACAGCUGGCUCCUGGCUGCCAGCACAAGCCUUAUUCAGCUUUGCACCGUUUGCAUGAGCUGCAUGCACAGCAGCAGCUUGCUCAGGUCUCGGCACACAGAGUACCAGGGUAGAGCUGAAAGAGCAGCUGCCUUUUUAUCUGGUCCACAUUGUUUGGGACUGGCACAGAUUAUGGUGGACCGAUAACUGCCCUGGGGGGAGUUUGCCCAAGGGAAGAGGCAGUUAAAAUGCAUCGUCUCCGGUAGCCACUUCCCUGGCAAAGGAGCUCCAGAGGCAUUGCUGAGGGUGGUCCACACAGCACGGUCGGGGCCGUACCGCAGAAGAGCCAGGCACCACGGCCAGCCCCUUCCCACCCAUGCUGGCAGGUCCCUUCCUACCACGACAGGUCAAGGGGGCAAUAAUCUAAACAUGAUUAUUGCAUUUGCAGGGGUUUGCUUUGGCUUCAGGCUCUGUGCAUGGGGAGCGGUGUAGCAAGUGCUUUUCCAGCACAAGCCCCACAUCCCCUGGCUUUGCUUACUUCCAGGCUCUGCUUACUUCCAGGCUCUGCUUUUGUGGUGUUGGUUUUUUUAAGGGCACUGCCAGUUUUUUUUGUAAAAAGUCCCUUCUGGCAGAGAUGGCUCUGCUCACAACGGUGUUCGGCUGCAUUUGCCUUCGCUUUGCCUGGGAGCCAUUAGAAACCUGCUCUCCUGCCACCUUCUCCUGCUUGGGUGCAUCUCCCCUUGCAGAUCCAGACCCUUGUCUUCAUGCAGGUUUUUAGCCUAGCAGCAGGGAGACAAAGCUCCUUUCCAGAAGGCAGGAAGGUGAUGGUAAUAGCACUGACAAGCAGUUACAGGAGGAGCUCAAAGUAGCUUCUGUCCAUUUUAUUUUAUUUUUUUAAAGACUGAAGGUCUUGGAUCCCCUUUACAUUAGUCUUCACCAUUAUGAACACAGCAUUGAGCUGGUGUGGGAGAACGGGGACAGGAGGGGGCAUGCGGAGGGGGUUCAGGCUGGGACUAAGGUGGUGCUUGGAGCAUGGGCCUUCCCUCCUGGCUCUCCCACUGCCUUGCUCCAUAGCCGGGGGAGACUCACUUCAUCUCCAAAGGGAGAGCUUCGUGAAGCCCCUCAAGCCUAUGAAACCCUAAGCAGCCCAGCACUUGGGAGCCUGGGACCUGACAGCUCUUCCCUUCAGGGAACGGGGCUUGGGGAAGAAAUGUCUCGCUUUCUUGGCCGCGGACUUUUGCCCAAACAGGACUAAGCACUAAAUUGUUCAUUCCACAGAAAAAGUCAGAACAGCAGCAAGCGUGAAAUAACCAAGAGGUUUUGGAUUCCCAGUCUUACUCUCCGAGGCAAAGGCACAGGCUAGAAGUGCGAGGAGAAGCGUGUCUCCUAGCACAGCAGGACCAAAAAAGCUGUCCGCAGAGUCCAUCCUCUCUCUUCUCCUAUAUAGCUUUUUCCCUUCUCUCUCCUCUCCGCGGGGUGGAGUUUGGAGCGAUCAAAUCCAUGUAUUGUGUGGCGUCUAAAUGUUACUGCUGUCGACAAGUCAAUGUAUUUAGUCCACUGGGCCUGUUUGUGCACUGCUUUCAUGGAAACCCUUUUUUUUGUUUGUUUUUUUGCAUGGGGCAGGGGGAGGGAAGGGAGCAAAUGAACCAGUCUGAUGCUUUGCGAGCAGCCCACGAAUGGAGGCUGAGUUCACCUUCAUCUGAAAACUGGUUUUUCCUCAGCAUGAGGUCUGGUCCACCCGUUUGAGAGAGGCCAUUUGAAGCCAAAAACUCAUGGCUCUCCCUUGCCAAAGGGAUGCUGCGAGUCAUUGCACUGGCCCUAGCGCCAGGAGGCUCCUGCCACGGUCGAGGGCGAAGAGUCAUUUCUGAGUCCAGCCAACGCUGUCCAAGCGACGGUCUUAAACCCGUGCGGUAUUCAAGGCAGCAGCUUCCUUUUCGUGCUCCAAUAAGCUGGACCUGCUCCUGUAAUGUUAUGAAAAGCCUUAAAGAGCUGGUCUCAGCCUUUCCACCGAUACUUGCGGUCCCAUCCACUCCCAAUUCUUCUAUGGGACAGUCAAGUCUAUUUGCAAGCGUGUGGUUGUCCUCUGACUAAGAUUCAGACCCUUUGCCCAGGGCACCUGAAAUGAGUUGUGCCCAUUGCAGCAACCCGCCCAUAUCCAGCUUAAUGUUUACCUGUGCUAGGAUCUCAUUAAAAUCCAUUAAAUGCUCUCUUAAGAGCCUUGAUGAAAUGGGUCCAGACCCCCCACCCUAGCAGGGUUGAAAGAAAACAGCAAAAAACUUUGUCUCAUUCAGAGCAGAGAUAUAAGUGCUUGUAACACGGCAUUGUUGAAGAGGGAUCAUACUUGUAUUUAUUUUUCCAAUCCUAUUUUUAAACCACUAAAAUAAUUUUAUAGUAGAUUGUUUCCACCCUCUAUUUAAUAAAGAAGGCUUUUCUCUGAAAGCUGGGGAAAGCCACAGAAUAGACAAUGCUUAUUGCAAAGUCAGCUGGAAAUGGAAACUAGAAAUCUUUAGCCUUAAACCUUCCCUUAUUGUAAAGGAGCCAUAAGUGUACACGUGCGACCAAAAAGGAAAAUCCUCCCUAAAGCAAGAGCUUUACCAUUCAGACCUGCUGCACAGAGAUUGCUGCCUUUGCAUUUUGGUAGGACUUUUACAAACAGCUAAAACCUUGCAGGAAAUGUGUCUGCGUUCAGACUCAUAAGGAACAUGUACAUAAUAUUAAGCCAUUUCUCUUGCAUUCAUGAUGUCCAACUGCCUCACGGUUUAUAUAGUUACAACUAAAGCUAAGUCAUGCGAUUUGUACCGUAACCCAGAAGAGUCUGCAGGGAAGCUAUUGCUAAAGAGGCUAUUCUGUUGACUGGUGCACAUAUACGCACAUUAGCGCUAUCUUGCGUACUGUAUAUUGGCAUCUCAGACAGGGACAGGAGUCUGAUGUACACUGGAAUUUACUGAGAAACUGGAUUGUAGAGACUAUAAUUCUUGCAUUUUCCUACAAGAUAUAUUUUGAAGACACUGUGUACUUCUGUCAAUAAAAUGCUUUUGUGUAAA